GUUAACAUAGAUAGAAGCAGGGAAGAGAGGGAAGGCUGAGAGCUGAACUGUUCUGCUGAGAACAUACAUCUUGUUGAAGUUUUUAGUCAGUACUUGGAGCAUCAGGACAGGAUGGCUCUCCUGCGUCUUUAUAGUCUGCUGCUGCUCAUGGCUCCUGUUCAUGGCCAGUGGUGGAGUGCUUUCCUGGGGAAAGCACAGGAGAUAACCACACAGCCCCCCACCACCAUCCCCACAACCACCCAGGUAUUGUGGACCACAGAAGGGACAGAGGUGGGCCAGGUGGGGACUCAGACGGAGGUCUUCACCACUGCACCUGUUCAGAGUACCCCACUACAGAGCAUACAGGAGCCUGCUGGUGAUGGAACCACAGAGAUCAAGCCCAAGGCUAAGAAAAUAUCUCUGAAAAUGUGGAAGAGUCGUGAGCGUGGCUCUACGGGACACCUAGACCUGACCGAGUUGAUCGGAGUGCCACUCCCUCCCUCUGUCUCCUUCAUCACCGGCUAUGAGGGCUUCCCGGCCUACGGCUUUGGGCCUGACGCCAACAUCGGACGUCUCACCAAGACCUUCAUGCCCGAUCCUUUCUUCAGGGACUUUGCCAUCAUCGUCACCAUCAGGCCCAGCAGCAAACAGGGAGGGGUGCUGUUCGCCAUCACUGAUGCCCAGCAGAAGGUGGUGCAGCUGGGGUUGGCACUGACGCCCGUGGAGGACGAGACCCAGAGGAUUCAGCUGUACUACACCGAGGGGGGCGAAGAGUCCUCACAUAGCCAACAGGUGGCGUCCUUCAAGUUGCCUGAUAUGAGGAAUAAGUGGACGCGCUUCACUCUGUCGGUGCAGGACCAGGAGGUACGCCUCUAUAUGGACUGUGAUGACUUCCAAGCAGAGACCUUCCACAGGAGCAGCCGCCAGCUCAGCUUUGAACCCAGCUCGGGCAUCUUCGUGGGCAAUGCUGGAGGAACUGGCCUGGAGAAGUUUGUGGGCUCUAUCCAGCAGCUGGUGAUCAAGCCGGACCCUAGGGCUGCAGAGGAGCAGUGUGAAGAGGAUGAUCCCUAUGCUUCUGGGGAUGGGAGUGGUGAUUACACGUUGGAUGACCGUGAAACAGAUGACAAGUCGAUGAAGAACAUGGAACGAAAAAAGGAAACAGCACGGCCAGAGGACAUGCUAAGCGUGCCAGUGCGAGCCCCGCCCACAGAGUCGGAGCUAGAUGUUCACCUGACCACCACAAACAAGGCACAUCAGGAGAUGCUGCUCGAAGGAUCCCACCAAACAGAGGAGCCAGGGGAGAGGUCAGGGGAUGACAGGCCUCUUAGCCACGGACAGAAAGGAGAGCGAGGAGAGCCUGGGCCUAUGGGUCCUGCUGGCCCCCGUGGCCCCGCUGGCCCUUCCACUCCCUCUGAGGAUAGGUCUGGACACGGCCAGCCAGGACCAAGGGGCCCUCAGGGGCCUUCAGGGGCCCCUGGGGUGCCAGGGAAGGACGGACAGCCGGGAAGCAAGGGUGAAGAUGGAGACCCAGGACAAAGAGGACCUCAUGGAUUCCCAGGGUUGGCAGGAGAGGUUGGAGUCAAGGGAGAAAAGGGGGACACAGGAGUAGGCUUACCGGGGCCUCCAGGCCCACCCGGACCUCCCGGACCACUCAAAUCUCACAGUGUACCGUAUGGAGAGGAUGCACUUGGCUCUGGCUUUGGGGACCUUGACGAUACAGAAUUUAUCAGAGGUUCCCCUGGUCCUCCCGGCCCUCCAGGUCAACCUGGCCCGCCUGGUCCCACCCGUUUCUUCGAAGCCUCCGAGGGCUUAUUCCCUGGACAACCAGGUCCUCCAGGGCCACCUGGCAGAGACGGCCUUGUUGGGAAACCUGGACCACCGGGUCCUACUGGUCUGGAUGGGGAUGCUGGGCUGACAGGGCUUAAAGGUCUGAAGGGUGAACAAGGACUAACUGGACCAAACGGACCAACGGGUGAAUCAGGUGACCCAGGGCUGACAGGAGUUACAGGACCAAGGGGACCAGAGGGGAAGAAGGGCGACCCUGGACCUCGGGGGCUGCCUGGCCCCCCAGGAGGAGGAUUCUUUGUCGAGGACGUGGAGGGGUCUGGGAAGAAUGACAAGGUCCUUGGCACAGAACUCAAAGGCCCUCAGGGACCUCCUGGUCUCCCUGGCCCUGCAGGACCAAAGGGUGAAGAUGGGAAGGAUGGGGCUCCUGGGUUGUCAGUGAAGGGUGAGCCUGGUGCUUCUGGACCUGAGGGACUCCAAGGGCUAGCUGGGUUACCAGGCGCCAGGGGAUUGAAAGGAGACAAAGGUGAUCCAGGAUCAAAGGGGGAGUGUGGUCCUGAUGGACACAAUGUACCUGGUCCUCCUGGUCCUCCCGGCCCUCCAGGACCAAUCAUCAAUCUGCAGGAUCUCCUCCUGAACAAUACAGAGGGCAUGUUUAACAUCACUGAGAUACGUGGCCCCCCUGGCCCAAUGGGCCCAAGAGGACCAAAGGGUGACAGUGGGCUUCCUGGUUUUCAAGGUCCACCAGGAAUGAAGGGUGCGAAAGGGGAAGCUGGUGUCACUAUCGCUGCCGAUGGAACUGUGUUGACAAGUGUCAGGGGCCCUCGGGGGCCAAAAGGAAUCAAGGGUGAGCGUGGCUUCCCUGGAGCUUAUGGUGUCAUGGGACCAAUUGGACCAACUGGACAAAAGGGAGAAUACGGGUUCCCUGGUCGACCGGGGCGACCUGGAAUGGCAGGGAAGAAGGGAGACCAGGGAGAUGCCAUUGGUCAACCAGGACUUCCUGGUCCUCCUGGCCCUCCCGGACCCCCAGGUCCAGUAACAGGACUCAACGGAGUUAAUGGCAGCAAAGGGUCGUCACAAGGUGGCAGGAGAGGAAACGGAGGUGUUAAAGGGGAAAAGGGAGAGGUUGGACUUCCUGGAAUGCCUGGAGAACCAGAUGAUAUUCUACCAGAAGGCUUUGUAGGAGAAAAAGGAGACGUGGGCUAUGAAGGAAUGAAAGGAGACCAGGGUGAACCUGGGUUGCCUGGCCCUCCAGGUCUUCCUGGGAGAUCAGGCCUUGUGGGGCCAAAAGGUGAGUCCGUCGUUGGAACCGUUGGUCAUCCUGGAGCUCCUGGUGAACCAGGGGUUCCUGGCAUUGGACGACCAGGCUCUCGGGGGCCCCCUGGCCCUGCCGGACCCCCUGGACCACCCCCUGUUUAUGGUUCAGCUGUGAGUAUUCCCGGCCCACCUGGGCCUCCCGGUUCUCCUGGGAUUACUGGCUAUGAAAACCCGGUGUCCACAUACAGGAACACCAACAGUUUGAUGAGGGAGAAACACCGUGCUGCAGAGGGCUCGAUGGCCUACAUCUCAGACAAGGGAGAACUCUACGUUAGAACUAGAGAUGGCUGGCGCAAGGUUCAGCUUGGUGAGCUCAUCCUCGUCCCAGCAGAGAGCCCAUCCUCUGCAGUGUCCCAGGCCCUGAGCAGACCAGGAGAUCGCACCAGACCCCACAGCCAGGAACUAGUUGGAACUAGCUACGUGCCCAGCUAUAAUGUCCUACCUCAUACAGUACACUCAGUACCAGCGCUGCACCUGGUGGCCCUGAAUGCUCCGUUCUCUGGGGACAUGCGUGGCAUCCGGGGGGCAGACUUCCAGUGCUACCAGCAGGCCCGAGCCAUGGGUCUCACUGCCACCUACAGAGCCUUCUUGUCCUCACACCUCCAGGACCUGGCCACCAUUGUCAAGAAAGGAGACCGCUACAACAUGCCCGUCAUCAACCUCAAGGGAGAGGUGAUCUAUAGCAGCUGGAUGAACAUCUUCUCUGGGAACGGAGGCGUGUUUGACCCAUCCAUCCCCAUCUACUCCUUUGAAGGACGGAACGUCAUGACGGACCCUACUUGGCCUCAGAAGCUGGUGUGGCAUGGCUCCAGUACGGUGGGCAUCCGUAUGACCACUAACUACUGUGAGGCGUGGCGGGCGGGUGACAUGGCGGUGACGGGCCAGGCCUCGCUCCUCCAGACAGGCAGACUUCUGGGCCAACACACCCGCAGCUGCUCCAACCAUUUCAUAGUGCUGUGUAUCGAGAACAGCUACAUUGACCACAGGAGGUCUAAUUAACCUCAACACACAUACAUCUAGUAUACACUCUCUCUCACAAACACACACACACAUACGUCUCCUAUUAACAUAGAGCAGCUAUGUGCUGGACUACAUGAGGCGCUAUCACACACCACAGCACUCACCUCGCUACCACAAAAAGACAGAGCAGCUUCAUACUGACCACAGAUGAAACUCCCCCUGUUCAUUCACCUCUCAUUAUUAAACUCCCAUCAGCAUCACUGCAUUGCACUGGUCACUAAUGUAUGUUUACUGUUUCUUUAAGAAAGGUGUAAAUAUAAUGUAAAUUGCUUCCUGUCAAUAGCACUGCAUCACUCCAAUUCAUUGUGUUUCAAUUUGACUGAAGAAGGAAUGCCAAAGAACUGGUGAUCAGCAACCAACCGACUAACCCACAUUGUUUCUGCAGGAGUAGCCUUUAACACACAGUUUAUUUUUGUUGGUUUGCUCAUUCGAGUCUUAUUCUUAAGUGCCGAGUAGAGUAGUUUGCAUAGAGACAGCAACCAUUCUAACCUUUUGUGGUUUACUGUAUCAGACCCCAAAACAAUAUGAUGAAAUUAGGACGACUGGUCUUUUCUGUUUCCCGUGAUAAAAAAAGAAUAAUGAAAUACCAGGAUCUAUUCAGACAAGGGAACCAUGUGUUGCUCCCUCAAGCCUUGAAGUCAUUUAGAUGCACUUUGAGUUUAUUUGAAUAGUUUGGGGUUUCCAUAUCCAUGAAGGCUUUUUGUCUGAAAAUUAAGGGUUUUUCUGUUGCGAGCGACUUUGUCUUAGUAUUUAAGUUCAAUUCUAUGUUUCGUAUUUUAUUUAUACUGUAACAGGACAUAAUCUUAAAAUGUGGCAGCACAUAGUUUCACUUUGAAAAUUAAAUGAAAUUGAACAAUGUGUGUGUGUGUAUAUAUAUAUAUAUAUAUGCUGUUGUUCAAUCUGCCUGCGCUAUCACCAUGAAAUAGUUGUUUUUGUACAGUAUUCCGCAGAUUGACUUACUGUAGAUGUACUUUCAACAAAUCUAUGAUUGAGAACUAGAUAUUUGAAUGGCUGUUACAGUGAUUCAGAGAAAUACUAUGUACUCAUUGACUGGUGCUCA